AACGGCGUCGGGCGUGUCCCAGGGUGCCCUGCGCGGGGCUGGCUCCUGCCCACAGUUGAGUUGGGCCCCGAGCGGAGCGGAGCGGAGCCGAGCAGGCGGGCCCCGGCCCGGUCCUGGCCCGCCGCGGUCCCGUCCCCGCUCCGAGCUCCGUUCGCUUCUUCUUCUUCCUCUUCCCCCGCGCUUCGCGGGGAGCGAACAUGCGACUCCGGCUCCUCGAAGAGGCCGCCGCCGCCGCCGCCGCCGGCGAGUGAGGAGCCGCCGCCGCCCCGGCCCGGCCUGGCCCCGCCGCCCGCCCGCCCCGGCCGUCAGCCGCCCCGCGUCGCCCAGGCAAUGACAGCGGCUCCGGCCCCCUCCCCGCAGCAGAUCAGGGACCGGCUGCUGCAGGCCAUCGACCCGCAGAGCAACAUCCAUAACAUGGUGGCAGUGCUGGAAGUCAUCUCCAGCCUGGAGAAAUAUCCCAUUACCAAAGAGGCACUUGAGGAAACAAGACUUGGGAGGCUUAUCAAUGAGGUGAGGAAGAAGACAUCCAAUGAGGAACUUGCCAAACGUGCCAAGAAAUUGUUGCGGAAUUGGCAGAAGUUGAUAGAACCUGUAACCCAGAAUGAACCAGUGCCAAGAGGGUUGCCGAAUCCACCUGGAUCAGCAAAUGGGGGUGCUCACAACUGCAAACCAGAAGCACCGCUUCCUGCCGUGGCUGGAUCAAAGCCAAUCAGUGAAUUGAAAAGCAGGAAUGACAUACAGAAACUAAAUUCUCCAAAACCAGAGAAAUUGGGAAAUCGGAAAAGGAAAGGUGAACACAGGGAUGGGCAUCAGGGCCCUCCUCCCCAAAAAGUCUCCAAAGCUAGUCAUGAAGUAUUACAAAACUCUUCACCCCCUCCAACGAAUGGAAUUGGAGGUAGUCCUGAAAAUUUUCCUAGUCCUGUAGAUGUAAAUCUACACACAGGGCCUGAAAGCAGCAGGACAGAACUCAGUGAAAAUGAUAAACACAAUAAGAUUCCAGUAAAUGCUGUAAAACCUCACACCAGUUCUCCGGGACUUGUAAAACCUUCAAGCACUUCCUCGUUAUUAAAGACUGCAGUGCUUCAGCAGCAUGAUAAAUCAGAAGAAACCACAGGACCGCACCAACCUAAGAGUCCUCGCUGUUCCUCGUUUAGCCCUAGAAAUGUCAGGCACGAUACUUUUGCUCGGCAGCAUACUACGUACUCACCAAAGGAUUCAAUGCCUAGUCCAUCUCAAAGGUCUCAGUUCUUAGAUACUGCACAGGUGCCAUCACCGCCACCAUCCUUGAUGCAACCAUCCACACCUCCCAUGCCAGCAAAAAGACUGGAGUUCCCUCAGCAAUCAGUAACUGAGGUAUCUCAGCACUGGCAGGAGCAGCAGGUACCUUCUGAAAGCCAGCACAGGCAUACAGCAGGGACACUUCAACAGCACACAUCUCCCAGCUGCAAAACCAGCUCCCAUCCUGGGGAAUCUCUCACGCCACACGUGGGCUUUUCACAGGACACUUCAAAAAUGGACAGUGAUGAUGCUGCUUCAGGUUCAGAUAGUAAAAAGAAGAAAAGGUACCGACCUAGAGACUUUACAGUCAACUUGGACGGGCACGUGACAGAAGGGGGUGUGAAACCUGUGAGAUUAAAAGAGAGAAAACUCACUUUUGAUCCCAUGACAGGACAGAUAAAACCUUUAACACAGAAAGAUCCUUUGCAGGUAGAAAUCCCUGCACUUACUGAACAGCACAGGACAGAAACGGAAAAGCAGGAGCAAAAACCUAACCUGCAAAGCCCUUUUGAACAAACGAACUGGAAAGAAUUAUCCAGAAAUGAAAUAAUUCAGUCAUAUUUAAACAGACAGAGUAGCUUGCUGUCUUCAUCAGGAGUACAGACUCCAGGAGCUCACUACUUCAUGUCUGAAUAUUUAAAGCAGGAGGAAAGCACUAGAAAAGAGGCUAGAAAGACUCAUGUUCUAGCUCCUAACAGCAAACCUACAGACUUGCCUGGGGUCACAAGGGAGGUCACAAGUGAUGAUCUCAACAGAAUACGUGAACAUAACUGGCCAGGCGUGAACGGUUGUUAUGAUACACAGGGUAACUGGUAUGAUUGGACACAGUGCAUAUCUUUAGAUCCACACGGGGAUGAUGGUAGAUUGAACAUCCUGCCUUAUGUCUGCCUAGACUGAGUUCAGUUUUGCUAAAAUGCUUUUACAUCUGCAGUUAGCAAAAAUGGCAGACACUAUGCCACUUAAACACGGAGAAAGCCUCCUGUCCUGGACAAACAGGCCCAACGAGCAGAGGGUGAGAGGGAGCUGGGUAUUGACAGCUCUUUCCUUUAAAUUCUCCUUUUGUGAAAUGCUGCUACCAGUUUACUAACAAUUGCAAAGGAAGGCAUACGAAGGUUGAUAAACUGAGUUCAAAACUCUAUAGCGAGCCAGCUAUAAAAAAGUGUUAGUCCCCAAGAAGUGAAGAUGAUUUCCAGCACUUUCUGAAUGCCGGAAUCUUAUUACAGGCAGGUACAGAGAAAAUUGUGGAAGUUACCUUAACAAAAUAUGCAUCUAUUUAUUUGACUUGAUUUGGGUUUUUAUUUGGCAGUGAGAUAUUCGAGAGACAAUGUGCAAAAACUGUAGUUUUAUUUGUAUCACAUCUCUGAACAUGAUUGCGUUUUUAAAGUCAUGUGGUACGGAGAUUGGGUUUUAAACAGCAGGUGUUGCACUGCAGGCUGGGCGACCAGCUUCAGCUCAACAUUCCAUAGGCAUCCACAUAUUUUAGUCUGGUUUCAGUUUAAAUCCAGUCUCUGAGAAAUGCUGCAAAAACUAGAUGUUUAACGAUAUUUUUGAUCCCACCACCACCAGCCAAAUAUUUUUCCUCCUUUUCCCUUCCUGCAAACUUCUAGGAAAAAAAAAAAAAAAAAGAAAAUCUCACCUUUUCUAGAAUCUAAAUGUAAUGAGGGUGCUACGAGUUUGUAACUGUACUGUGAGAGGGAAAAAGGAAGCCUGUUUGUAUGCUGGAAAUAUACUUGUUACCAUUCCUUUAGAUAUUGUUUGCCUUAUGGAUAUCCAUCAUAAACGCAAUUUGCAAAAACAAAGAGCCUUAGUGAAUGUACAGUAACUAGACUUCUGUGUUCUUGGGAUGCAGAAGGGAGCAACUUUGCUAUUUGGUCCUUUAAGUGGACACAUUGUGAUAUAAAUGUGGAAAUAAAAAAAAUUUGCACAAAGCAGUUUGUGAAUUAUUUAUACUGAACUAAUUUAUUUUUAGAAGUUUGCUCGAUUCAAACUAACUGAGAAUCCAUUGGAGCAGUGUGGCGAAGCUGAAUCCCAUCUGACAGUGUCAAAAGCAGCUGGCUGUUAGGGAUAUAUAAGAUGUCUUCCAAGUAUAUUGGUGGUAUUCAGUCGCACAGGUUGGAUUUUUUUUAAACUCUGGUUGCAUCCAGGGUUUAGAGACUGAUAACCCAAUUACCGUUAACGUACCUCAAAGUCUAAAAAGAUCGUAGUUCAUCUUUUCUGAGUAAUUUUGUAAUAUAUUAUUCCGAAUUGUUAAAAAUGAUUUCUAAAGCAGCCUAAUUCAGUAUAGAAAGCUAAGAAUUUUUAUUAACUGUAAUUGCUUUAACAUUUGGGACUAGUUGUUUUCUACAGUCCCUGGUACUGGGCUUCUGUCCAGGGGAAAAGGGGAGGGGACACAAUACCAAAAACGUUUCUAGGUUUAGUGAUGUUAACUCAUUUGUGCUGGAUCUCACCUCUGUGGAAGAGCCUUGGCAAAAGUAGUUCUGCUGCCUUUGAGAGCAAAGUCAAGCUCUUCGGUGUCAGAUCAUAUCUUAAAAAGGUGUUCCUCACCAGGUAUACAUUAGGUGGAUCGUUCCAUGCAAUACAACUGAAAACGUUUGGUUUAUUUUGAAGUCAUUCUUGUGAAAACCUACUGCUUUUGUGAUUUGACCGGUAUUGAAAUGUGUGAGUGUCUCAGAAACGUUACUGAUGUCUGUUUGCUUCCAUUUCUCUAAUUUGAGGUCUGCGUGAAAUCUCCUAUCCUGAAAAAGUGGUUACCAAAAAAUGUUUCCAAGUAUAUUUUCAGUUUACUUCCGUUUUAUCCUUCUACAGUUGAUGAGGUCAGGCAGUGUGUUGUAGAGUUGCAGAAAGUUAUCUUGCAACUCAAAAAGGUAGAUUUGAUGGUAGAGGGCUAAAAAGAUGGUCAUUUUGCAAAAUGCUUAUUUUGUUUUA